UUGAGCCGCUGAAAUAUUCCAAGCAUUUCUGACCGCUAGACUAGAGCUGCCUCAAUGGGAUAGCCUCUAUCGGGCUAUAAAUUACCUAACCUCCCUUCCCGUAUUUCUCUAGCCAGUUCACUAUCGAAGCUUGUUCCUCUCAUAUAAUUUGCCAACCAAGUUCAAAAUGAAGUUCAUCGCUGUUCUACUUCCGUUAACUGCCUGCGGUCUCGCAGCAGCCGUUGCUCUUGGAGACCCCAAUUCUGUGGACAAGCACAACCGCCUUUGGAAGAAGGACACUGCCUCGCAUGCCAACGUUGACGUUGUUGACAAAAACAACCGUCUCUGGAAGAAGGAGGCCAACGCCAACGUCGUUGACAAGCAUAACCGUUUGUGGUGAUACAGAACAAAAGGAAUUCACCUAUUAUACCGCUGUAUGGUAGCAAUCGAUGAUGGGAGAUUGUUGAUGAUGAAUCAUCUAUAUAGCGUAAAUGAGUAUUAUAUCAGCACCAAUAAUACCAUAUUCAACAU